UUGGCAACCCGUGAAUCUAGCUCUACCGCUGAAAAGUUGUUGUUGUGGGAGAAAAUGGCGUCUAACGUUGAGGCCCCGGAUCGCUGGUAUCUCGCCCUGCUCGGUUUUGCAGAGCAUUUCCGAACCUCUAGUCCGCCUAAAAUACGACUCUGUGUGCACUGCCUACAGGCAGUGUUUCAAUUUAAGCCUCCACAGAAGAUAGAGGCCCGGACACAUCUACAGCUCGGCUCGGUUCUCUACCACCACACGAAGAACAGCGAGCUGGCCCGCAGCCACCUUGAGAAAGCGUGGUAUAUUUCGCAGCAGCUCUCUCAGUUUGAAGAUGUUAAAUUUGAAGCUGCCAGUAUUUUAUCCGAACUGUUCUGCCAACAGAACUUGGUUGACUCUGCAAAACCUCUCCUGCGUAAAGCCAUUCAGAUUUCACAACAAACACCAUACUGGCACUGCAGACUGUUGUUCCAGCUGGCGCAACUCCAUACACUGGAGAAGGACUUGGUGUCGGCGUGUGACCUUCUGGGAGUUGGAGCAGAGUACGCUCGAGUGGUGGGCUCAGAAUAUACCAGGGCACUGUUUCUCCUGAGUAAAGGAAUGUUGCUGCUGAUGGAAAGGAAACUCGGGGAGGUGCAUCCUCUUCUCACACUGUGUGGAACUAUUGUGGAAAACUGGCAGGGCAACCCGAUCCAAAAGGAGUCUCUCAGGGUUUUCUUCCUGGUUCUACAGGUCACACACUACCUGGAUGCUGGACAGGUAAAAAGUGUGAAGCCAUGUUUGAAGCAGCUGCAGCAGUGCAUCCAGACCAUCUCCACACUCCACGAUGAUGAAAUUCUUCCCACCAACCCAGCUGACCUUUUCCACUGGCUGCCCAAGGAACACAUGUGUGUCCUUGUCUACUUGGUGACAGUCAUGCACUCCAUGCAGGCAGGCUACCUGGAAAAAGCCCAAAAGUACACAGAUAAGGCUCUUAUGCAACUUGAGAAGCUUAAAAUGUUGGACUGCAGCCCCAUCCUCUCUACAUUUCAAGUCAUCUUACUGGAGCACAUCAUCAUGUGCCGCCUUGUCACGGGCCACAAGGCCACUGCAUUACAGGAGAUUUCACAGGUCUGUCAGCUGUGCCAACAGUCCCCCAGGUUAUUCACCAACCAUGCCGCUCAGCUCCAUACGCUUUUAGGUUUGUACUGUAUCUCAGUGAACUGUAUGGAUAACGCAGAGGCCCAGUUUACCACAGCCUUACGGCUCACCACACAUCAGGAAUUGUGGACAUACAUCGUCACCAACCUGGCCAGUGUCUACAUAAGGGAAGGAAACAGACACCAAGAGCUGUACAGUCUGUUAGAGAGAAUAAACCCAGACCAUAAUUUCCCAGUCAGCUCCCACUGCCUACGUGCUGCAGCCUUCUACAUCAGGGGUCUCUUGUCUUUCUUCCAGGGGCGCUACAAUGAAGCCAAACGUUUUCUAAGGGAAACACUGAAGAUGUCAAAUGCUGAGGAUCUGAACAGACUGACUGCCUGCUCUCUGGUUUUACUAGGCCACAUCUUCUAUGUACUUGGAAACCACAGAGAAAGCAACAACAUGGUUGUGCCUGCCAUGCAACUGGCCAGCAAGAUCCCUGACAUGUCUGUUCAACUCUGGUCUUCAGCACUGUUGAAAGAUCUGAACAAGGCCCUCGGGAACAAUAUAGAUGCCCACGAAGCAGCCCAGAUGCACCAAAACUUCUCCCAGCAGUUGCUACAGGACCACAUUGCUGCUUGCAGCCUCCCUGAGCAUAACCUCAUUAGUUGGACUGAUGGCCCUCCUCCUGUCCAGAUCCAAGCUCAGAAUGGCCCCACCACCAGCCUCGCAAGCCUGCUAUGAGAACUUUCUAGAAAGCAUCCCAGUAGCUGGUACAUUAUCGCAAGAAAAAAAAAAUCUAAUGUGUAAAAUAUGAUCAGAUUUUAAGGUUUAAUUAUUUCACUUGACAUUUGAAACUGUAAAACCAAUGUAUUUAACCUCUAAUGACUUGGAUAUUUUUUUAUUGUUUUUUUUUUUUUUUUAACUGCAGGUCUGUUUUCUUCUUGAUUAAAGUAGCGAAUGACAAGCAGUGACAUGAGAAGGGGCUUCUUUCCAUCUGAUGUUGUGGAGUGGCCUUCGCUACAUUUUAGAUUUCCUUUUUCACAUACUGGAAAUAUGAUGAUAGCUAGGCACGGCAGUAAAGAAAUGUAGAAAAAAAUAAUUUAUUCAUGUUGAUAUUUUUAUAACUGUUGGUAAAUAUUUUACAUCUUGCCUUUUUGUAUGGAUGUUGUUUCUCUUUUCAUGCAUAGGUGUUACUGAAGAGGACCCAUGUACACUAUUUCUGAGCAGGGUUUCUAACAAGAAAAUCUUGGUAGGUAAUUUUUGUACAAAAUGUUAUAAAAUGGAGGUGUCCCGUGGUAUAUUUUCUAAGCACCGGAAAUCAGCUAAACAUUUAGCCGUUUGCAUCGUUUUCGGACAGCACAUAAUCAGCUCUGUGCAGUUCCUCUCCUAGGCCAGACAGUACCAGUGAUGGGUUUGUAAAUUAACAGUAUUUAACAUCAGGGUUUUAUAUUAUUUGGUUGAUAUUAGGAAUACCUUAUACAUUAAAAAAUACACAUUUAACUACUGUAUUUUUUGAAGUUCCAUUAUAUGUAUAAAAUGCCUUUUGAUGUGUUAAUUUUAUAAAACCAUUCUUAAAAUUUUGGUUAAUGGUUAAUCUUCAAAUAUUCAAAAUGAAUUUAUUUUUAUUUUUUCAAGUCUGUCCCAAUUAGUUACACUAAAUCAUUUCUGUACCGUAUGUAAAGAUUCACCACUUGUUAAACGUUUAUUGUACAGCAUCAGCAUCAACGUUUGGCGUUGGUUUAGGAGAUUGUGAGGAUGUAUUUUUUAGCUUUUCUGUGUAGAAGUCUAAAUGCUUGGUAUUUAAGGCACACUGUGAGGACACAGAGGGCUUUGAAUACUUGCCACAUUUUAUCCAAUGCCUAUGUUUUUAAUGCUUACAUUGUUCACUAUUUUUCUUUCCAAAUAAACUUUGAUUGAUUUUGUAAUGAA